GUAACAUCAUGGGAGUCGGGCAAUGUCUAAUCCACGGCCUCACCGUGGUGAUCAGGAAGAAAUUCUCUGCCAGCCGCUUCUGGGACGACUGCAGCAAGUACAGAUGCACGAUUAUUCAGUAUAUCGGGGAAAUCUGCAGGUAUCUUCUGAAUCAGCCUGUCCGAGAGUCUGAAACCCAGCACUGCGUGCGGCUGGCGGUGGGCAAUGGUUUGAGACCCACCAUCUGGGAGGACUUCACCAAACGCUUCCGAAUUAAGCAGAUCGGGGAAUUCUAUGGCGCCACGGAGUGCAACUGCAGCAUUGCCAACUUGGACGGGAAGGUGGGUGCCUGUGGUUUCAACAGCCGUAUUUUGCCCAGCGUUUAUCCCAUUCGGUUGGUGAAGGUGAACGAAGACACGAUGGAGCUGGUCCGGAAUUCCCACGGGCUCUGCAUCCCCUGCCGCCCAGGAGAGCCGGGCUUGCUCGUGGGCCAGAUAAACCAGCAGGAUCCCCUCCGCCGCUUCGACGGCUACGUCAGCGAGAGCGCCACCAGCAAGAAGAUCGCCUCCAACGUCCUGCGGAAGGGGGACCAGGCCUACCUGUCAG